GGCUCAGGGCUGCUCAGUUUCCUUCAGGGAGGCACUGGGAAGCGCCAUGGCACCGCAGGGCAUCUCGGUCGUGGAGCCGUCCGGCCUGGCCCCGGGCCCGUUCUGUGCUAUGGUCCUGGCGGACUUCGGGGCGCGGGUGGUCCGCGUGGACCGGCCCGGCUCCCGCUAUGACGUGAGCCGCUUGGGCCGGGGCGGGCGGUCGCUGGUGCUGGACCCGAAGCAGCCGCGGGGAGCCGCCGUGCUGCGGCGUCUGUGCGAGCGGCCGGAUGUGCUGCCGGAGCCCUUCCGCCGCGGUGUCAUGGAGAAACUCCAGCUUGGCCCAGAGAUUCUGCAGCGGGAAAAUCCGAGGCUUAUUUAUGCCAGGCUGAGUGGAUUUGGCCAGUCAGGAAGCUUCUCCCGGUUAGCUGGCCACGAUAUCAACUAUUUGGCUUUGUCAGGUGGAAGGAACAGCAUAUUUAAGUUCUUUUCUGUGGAAAACUCAGAAAUCGAGUCUGUGGGAAGCACCUUGAGGACAGAACAUGUUGGAUGGUGGAGCACCUUUCUAUAUGACUUACAGGACAGCAGAUGGGGAAUUCAUGGCUGUUGGAGCAAUAGAACCCCAGUUCUACGAGCUGCUGAUCAAAGGUAAGUGAACUUCACACGUCUCCCCCAGUUCCCCUUUUGCUGUGGAUGUUCUUUGGUUCUAUUUUAAAGACUUUUGGAAUCUAGGAUGUCUUUUAUUAUAUAGCCACUUUCUAAUUAACCUAAUUAUAGCCAUCAAUAGAAUGUGGGGCAUUUUCCUUGGCUUUUAAAUUGACCAGCAGUCUUACUAGUCUAUAAAAUAGCUGAGGGUUUUAAAAAUAAUAAUCCCUUUUGUAGGAUAUUCGGUGCUUUUAUUACAGUUCACUCCUUGUGUUGGAUAAUCUUGACCCUGUGUGCCCAGAUCUUACUCUUCCCUAGAAAUGAUCUCACGUGGGUUGCUUUCCAUUCAAUAUUCUACCAGCUCCUAUUUCUUGGUAGAUGUCCCUUAUGGCACUUCAAUGUCAGAAGUCACCAGAGCAUGGAAAGAUUUUGGCAAAUGAGAUUCUGUUAGAAUAUGUUACUAUAUCACUAUGCCUUUGCAGAUUACCUGUCUUGCAGAUUUUUGCCUUCUUGGCAAGUUGCCAUAAAUUAGCAAGAAAAUUUGGGAUCUCUUCUUCCCUAAUUAAAUAAUUGGAUGGGAAUCAUUUUGUUCCUGAGAAAUGUUUGAAUUUAGAGUUCACUCUAUAAAUAAUGUAGAAUCUAAGAAGUUUUAGAAUAUACUCUGAAGUGAUGUGAAAGCUGAUCACAGUGCAUUUACCUUUCUACUACAAGUUUAGAGUUUCAUUGUUAUGUUUGGUAGCUUUUCAGAUGCAUAUACUAAAAGUUAUUUGCAUAUAGCUGGAAUGACUUUUUAAAAAAUUAUCAAAUUUUUGAUGUGUUCUCAUCUGAUGGAGUAAUUGUUUUUGCAAGCAUCUGAGAGCAUUUUAUGAUUAAGCAUAUUAACUUCACCUAUUCAAAUAUAGUUGGAAAAACUAUAGAAGAACACAAUGGUUUAUCUAGAUCGUAAAGGGUACCUCUCUGUCCAGAAAUUAAAAAGCUUGCCUUUUGUCACUGCUCCAAAUAAAUUGGAAGCUCUGGCUGCUCAUGAUGCUCUGGUGGAGCUCUGUGGAGCCGUGAACACUGCCACCUGCAGUCUGAUGAAGAUAGCAAAUGAUAUUCAUUUUCUGAGUUCUGGUCCUUGGCCAGGUCUGGGAGAACUGAUCUUGCUAAAAAUACAACAGGAAGCAGUAUCGUGCCAGGCAAGGCAAACCCUCAUCAGUGUGAAGCAAUGGCCAUCGUUGCAGCCCAAGUCAUGGAGUUUUGUGUGGCUGUAACCGUUGGAGGUAGCAAUGGCCAUUUUGAGUUGGAUGUUUUCAAGCCAAUGAUGAUUAAAAAUUUAUGUUACACUCAGGCUGCUGGGGGAUGCUUCAGUUUCCUUCACAGAAAACUACAUAGUGGGAAUCCAGACCAAUAAAGAAAGGAUCAAGAAGCUAAUGAAUUAGUCGCUAAUGCUGGUGACAGCUCUCAACCCUCAUAUAGGGUAUGACAAAACAGCAGAGAUUGCUAAGACAACACCCCAAACUGGAUCAACCUUAAAGGAAACUGCCAUUGAACUUGGCUCUCUCACAGCAGAGCAGUUGGAUGAAUGGGUAAAACCUAAGGACAUGCUGGGUCCAAAGUGACUUAAAUAAGUUUUAAUGAAAAUAAACGUGUAAAAUUUAAAAAAAAAUA